GCCAAUAAUUCAUUUAAUUUUGGUCUUAAAAAUGUGGCUUUUGCACUUCCCAACUACCCAGCCCUUCUCUAAGUUUAAAGAGUCUCCGGCAUCGGCGGCUACCAUGGCAUCGUCUACACAGCCGCCGGCUGACAGUAGGCGAACGUUGGCGGCGACGCCGACGCCGACACAGAGAGGUCUCAGGGUUCAGUACGGUCGUCGAACCGACAUCGACAUGUCAGAGGCUAGCCCAAAUAAUACUAAUCGACGACAGCUGCCGGACGGUCUCCUGCCGGAGCUUAUGCCAAAACACAUUGGAUUCAUUUUGGACGGUAACCGGCGGUGGGCCAAGGAGAAAGGGAUGAUGGUGGAGCUUGGUCACCAAUUCGGAAGCAAAAAGGUCAAGCAACUCAUUACUUUGUGUCACAACUGGGGAAUCAAAGUUGUUUCUCUCUUCACCUUCUCCACCGAAAAUUGGCUUCGCCCCAAGGAGGAGGUUGGGUUUUUGAUGAGGCUGUUUAGAGAGGUGAUUGAUACAGAACUUGAGGAGUCCCGGAGGGCCGGUCUACGAAUAUCAUUCAUAGGUGAUAAGUCGAAGCUUCCCAUAUCUGUGCAAGAACUAGUGCAGGCAGCAGAGGAAGCCACCAAGGCCAAUACAGAUGUACAUAUUUUGGUAGCAAUGAACUACAGUGGAAGAUCUGAUAUAUUGCAGGCAUGCAAGAAAAUUGCUAAGAAAGUGAAAGAUGGAGAGCUGGAGAUAGAAGACAUAGAGAAUGAAGGCAUUUUUGAUGGAGAACUGGAAACAAGCUGCGCUGAGUUCCCAAACCCAGAUUUGCUUAUUCGGACUAGCGGUGAGCUUAGGAUUAGCAACUUCAUGCUCUGGCAAUUGGCUUAUACAGAGCUCUUCUUCGUCGACAAGAACUUUCCCGACUUUCAAGAAGCUGAUUUCCUUCAGGCUUUGCGUUCAUUUCAGCAGAGACACAGACGUUUUGGUGGGCAUAAAUACUAGCAUUAUUCAUUAUAUA